AAGCCCCGUACCUCGACGACGUCUUUCCUCGAGGCGGCCAAGCCUCUGCCCGAGCUCGUACGGCCACGAGCUCUCGAGGACCUCGUUGGACAAGAGCACCUCCUCGGCAAGGGCGCGCUUCUGCGCGGCCUCAUCGAGUCGGACAACCUCGGCUCGUGCUUGUUUUGGGGGCCCCCGGGCACGGGCAAGACGACGAUCGCGCGCGUGAUCGCAAAGACGACCUCGUCCAUCUUCAAAGAGCUCAGCGCGACCAACGCGACGACGGCGCAGCUGCGCGAGGUGUUUACCGAGGCCGAGAACGUCCUCAAGAUCACGGGCCGCAAGACGCUCCUGUUCAUCGACGAGAUCCAGCGCUUCAACAAGGCGCAGCAGGACGCGUUCCUCCCCGUCGUCGAGGCCGGCACCAUCUCGCUCGUCGCCUCGACGACCGAGAACCCGUCGUUCCGGGUCAACACGGCCCUCCUGUCGCGGUGCCGCGUCUUUGUCCUCCAGAAGCUCACGUCGGACGACGUGUUCCGCAUCCUCGUCCGCGCUCUGCGCCUCCUCCACGAGCAGAAGACGGGCGAGCGCCUGCCCGAGGCGCGCGAGGUCGUCGGCCACACUGGCGCGCUCGACACGCCGCUCCUGCGGUUCCUCGCCUCGGCCGCAGACGGCGACGCGCGCGUCGCGCUCAGCUCGCUCGAGCUCGCGCUGUCGGCGACGAGGAGAAGUGACGCCGAGGGAGGAGGAGGAGGGGCGAUCGACCGCGAGGAGCUCAAGCGCGGGUUGAGGAAGGCGCACAUGCAGUACGACCGGUCGGGAGACGCGCACUACGACACGAUCUCGGCUCUGCACAAGUCGGUGCGGGGCAGCGACGCCAACGCGGCGCUGUACUACCUCGCGCGCAUGCUCGAGGGCGGCGACGACCCGCUGUACGUCGCACGGCGGCUCGUGCGCAUGGCCAGUGAGGACAUCGGGCUCGCCAACCCGCACGCGCUCCCGCAGGCCUUGGCGGCGUACCAGGCGACGCAGCUCGUCGGCAUGCCCGAGUGCGACUGCAUCCUCGCGCAAGUCGUUGUCAUGCUCGCCGAGUCGCCAAAGUCGGUGCGGGUCUACAACGCGUACAACGCCGCCAAAGCCCUCGUCAAGCGCUCGGACCAGUUCCCGAUCCCGCUCCACAUCCGCAACGCGCCAACUGGCCUCAUGAAGCAGCUCGGGUUUGGGAAAGAGUACCUAUACGAGCCCGCCUACGCGCACCCGGUCUUUCAAACGUUCCUCCCGCCCGAACUCGCCGGCACGACCUUCCUGCGCGACGACGACGACCUCGAGGGCAAGACGGUCGACGAGGCGGCGCUGCGCGAGUGGGAGUGGCGUGCGCGAGGCGGGGCGAGGUGGGAGGGCCGGGAGGAGCUCGAGAGGAGGGUGAGGGAGAGGGAGGAGCGGGAACGGGCGACGGCGGCGGUCGAGGAUGGGAAGGAGAAAAGUAGAGCGGGGGCAGAGGCGCAAUGA